AAAGAUUUCACCAUGCGGGAGGAGCUGCAGCAGCAGGACGUGGAGCGCUGGCUGGGGUUCAUCACCUUCCUCUGCGAGGUCUUCGGCACCAUGAGGAGCAGCACUGGAGAGCCCUUUCGAGUCCUCGUCUGCCCCAUUUAUACCUGCCUCAGGGAGUUGUUGCAAUCUCAGGACGUGAAGGAAGACGCCGUGCUUUGCUGCUCCAUGGAGCUGCAAAGCACCGGCCGGCUGCUGGAGGAGCAGCUGCCUGAGAUGAUGACGGAGCUGCUGGCCAUAGCCCGCGACAAGAUGCUGUGCCCCUCUGAGUCCAUGCUGACGCGGUCCCUCCUGCUGGAGGUCAUUGAGCUGCACGCCAACAACUGGAACCCGCUGAUGCCCACCAUCACGCAGUACUACAACAAGACAAUCCAAAAACUGACAGCCUGAGGGGCAGGGCAGGGAGGUGUGGGAAGGGGCGAGAAGGAGACAUGCACCUUAGCAGGAUCCGCCUCUCGCAGCCAGGCGAGCACCUUUCUGAUUUAAAUACCUAAGCAGACAAACCCCAGCAUGCUCUGGAAUACGUUCAUGGGGUGGGGAGGGAGAAGCAUGUUUCUUUUCAGCUGUGUCGCCAAGUGCCACCCCUCUUCCCUGCCGUGUUUUUGUUUUAGGGUUCCUUUUAUGAAAUCAUUGCUCUAGCAGCAGUGCAUCCCGACAGGUUACUGUUUGGCUUUAGAAAGAAGACGAAGAGUUGGAAAAGCGAGCCCGAGUGGGGGCUAGUAUUGUUUUCACACCAUCCUCCUGGCUUGCCCUGGCCAACUGGCAGGAGAGAGCAUGCAGCAGGAUGUCCCGGGAGGACAAAGUGCAACACAUACUACACCGGACGCUCAUAAUUGAUGUUUUUUGUCAAGCGGAGCUUUUUUAAUUCCCCCCCCUCCAUCUUCAACUUUCUGCUCCCCCACCUCCCCUUCAUCUACUCGUCGCAGCUUCGGAUGCCAACCGGUGAGCAGGAUGGCUUUUUUAUUUGCACUGGGUUUUAUUUUUCCUGGUCAUUUGUAUUUUAUUCUAUUUUAUUUUGAACGGACAAUUGCAAUAAGCGCGGAGACAUGGAAGUGACACCUUCCUGCAAGCUCAUAAAUGAUUUACGUGAAGAUGCUGAAGUAGGAGGAGGAUUUUUAAGGAGCUCAAAAGCCACUGUAGAAGUAACAUAGCCACAGUUGUCUUGCCAGUAACCUCGCAGAUUAACUGAAAAAUGUGUGCCCUGAUCUGGGAGCUCCAAGAAACGCGGGAUGCUGCGGCUGUUUGCUCUGGCUGGUAAAGCCAUGGCACCCCCCAUCCUCUAAACUAUAACCCAUUUAUUUUUUUGUAUUUUUUUGUUUCUGUUGAAAGAGUGCUUUACUGUAAUUACUAUCAUGGCUGUAAUAAUACAUUUAAAACCAGGCCCGUUGUAGUCGAGCCUAGUAAUGUACAGGGCAAUGGAGAAAUGAAGACUUGAUGUUCUUGGGAAACCAGUAGAGAGAAGACGAGAAGUGCAUGGCAAAAAAAAGGAGGGAUAAAAGAAGAGGAAAACAAUGAAAAGCCAAAAAUACAGGUUUUGAGUCUGGCUUCUAACUGGCUGCAUUUCCUAUCCAGUAUUUGUAGGUGUGCAUUGUACAGGGGCGGUUGUGUGCCCUGGUUGGUGUAAGUGGUACCAUGUCCCCGAGCGCAGGGUGACGUGUUCGGAGGGGGCAGGGCGAAGCGGGGAGCGGGUGGACCCUGCUUUGCUGUGUGCUGGGGCAGCUGGGGUGGUGCUGGGGAGGUGGGAGAGAUGGGGAGAAGGGAGAGAUGGGAAGAUGAUGGGGGAUUUGGGGAGGCGUUCACCCAGCAGAGCUGCAGAGCUGGAAGUGCCCCAAGCGCGGAUGGCAAGUGAAUAGCGACCAGCAAACAUCAGGACUUGGUGUUUCCUUAUUAACUUCUCUGCCAAUGCUUGUCCACAUGAAAUCCCUGCUGGUGUUCAUUUUGGUGAAGUGGGAGAGGAGCAGAGGAAGCCCUGACCCUGCGGUGCCAUCCCGAUCUCGGGUGCUUUAGGGAGCUACCGGCCUGCGUGCGAGGGGCAGGAGGCUUCCCUGCCAUGCAGCUUGAAGGGCAGAAACCUUCCCCGUGCACGUGUGCAGGAGUUGAGCAUCCUGGCCAUGUGGUUUGGCAUGACUUGAACUUUUCAUGAGGUUGUCUGCGGGAGCAUUUCCUAAUCCGCACAUGGAGUACGAGGAAAGGAGCUGGAAAGAGGAGCUUCAGUGGUCCAUGUCUGCACAGACUGAUUCCUGGACUGGGGAUGCAGGCCUGGCAGCUGUGUUAGCACUGCUGCAGAAGAGCAGAGAGGUCGGGAGGUGUUAGCAUGAAGCUGGACUGCAUCAGGCCUGUCGGUGUCGAAUGGCUGAGGGCUGUGCCCUUGCUCUUGGCCUUCCCAGCCGCCUGGCCCUGUGGGGAGCGGAGGACCAGAGGCAUGAAUGUCGGUGUGACCCCGGAAAGUCGCCAUCAGCAGCCCCAGAGCAGCCUGGGCCCCAGCCAAGAGGCAGGUGGGGAACGGAGGGGGAGUGAGGGCUUAAAUUGAGCAAAUAGAGUGAAAUUACCUGUGGUGAGGACAAUUUGUCAAGGGGCCUUUAGUGUCAUGACAGCCUCUGAUGUGCGAGCUGCACACAGUCGAUCAGUGCAAAUUAGGCCCCGCCGGUCAGAAGCAUUAAUGAGGUAGCUGGGGCUAGAGAGGUGCUGCUAAUCUUUCAGACUUUGGGGAGAAGACUGGAGAAAAAGCUUUGCUGGGGGAUUUUUGAAGACCAGAAGAGUCUCCCCACAUCCUGCUCCACACCGCAGCAUCCCUCAGGGCCUGCUCUCUGAACGUAGCAAAAGAAGAAAAAAAAAAAAAAAAAAAAAAGAAAAGAAAAAUGGAAAAGCCCGGAGGAGCAUCGGCCAGUGGCUUUGCCCUCCAAUGCUGGGAUUUCUCCUGUGGAAGAACUUUCAUGUGAAACCUGUCUUUUUUAAUGUCUGUUGUCUGUCGCCGCUGUUAAGGUCCCUUCAUCCAGCCACUCAUGCUUGGUAACUUGGUACGUCAGUCUCUCUGUUGGUGUGUGAGAAUUUAGAUGUUGACCAAAAAAGUAUUUUUUCCCCUGCAAUUACGUACAGCCACUGGCAUGUCUGCAGUCCCUCAGUGGGAAGCCUGCCUGUUGGGAAGGAAAGAUGCCACUGGCAAUGUGAUGCGGAGGGGUGGGAGCAGCAGUGCGUUUUGGGAACAGAACACCCUCCUUUGACCAAAUCCAUGUCAGGCCAAACCUGGGGCUGGUGUAAGGAUGUGGUGAUGCCCGGAGCUGCUGGCUCUGCUCCCUGCAGAGCUCCCAGCACCCGGUCCCCUCCUUCCCAGGCAAAUCAUUGCCAAACUGGAGGCUUUGGCUGUCUGCAAAGCAGCCUGCUUGGUUUCCUCAUGAGGGAUUUGACCCCCCGUUUGGAGAAGUCUCGUUUGUAUGGAGGUGAAAUGAGAAUGGGGGGAAAAAGGCAAAGUAAGUGAUUUGCCUGGUUCCCGUCUUCCCCCAAAGGAGAUUAAUUAGUAUCUAUUCUUGGCAUGAUUGAUGGCUUUGAAGGAAAACUUGUGAGAAUAACUUAUGAUUUAUUUUCCUGCUUAUUUCUAUAACAUCCCUCACUUGGAAGUCUCUCAAAAUCUGAAAUAUGAUUUUUAUUUCUCCGCUAGGUAUUUUAUGGCUUUACACAAAUUUUGCUCUUCUUGGUGUUAGCUGUUAGCCAGUCCCAGUGAUACAGUAUUUUUCAGGAGAAACAACUCUAAGGGUUGCAAAGUCCUGUUGAUGGCCAACAGGGCUGUGGUGCCCUGCAGAACAUGUAUUUAAUGCUAGCAAUUCAUGUUUUAAUGUAUUUAUUUGCAUUCAAAAAAGCAACUAAUUUAAUUUAAUCAUGUUUGUUAAACUAACUGCUUAAAAAAAAGACAAUGGUUUUGGGAAGAAUAAAGACUAGAACUUCAUACUAGAGAAAACAAAAACUCACAGUUUUCAGCAUUUCAAAGACUGUUAAAACAAGGAAGCUAAUAACUCAUUGUGGCAAUUCACUCGUUUAUAGAACAUCCAACCCUCCUGUAUGCUAUAAAAUGCAUCAUCUGUGUAAUAAAUGUUUAAAGCUUGA